AUGAAUAUCAAUAACAAAGUUGGACCUGAUGAAUCCCCAGUAGUUAACCCUAGUACAACACGAUUACAAAGAUUAUAUGAACAUUUUCGAAGAAGAAGAUUUAUUUGGAUAGUAUUUUUCAUUAUUUUUAUUCUUAUAAUUAUAACUAUUCUAACAAUAACUAUUACAGCGAACAAAACAAAGAGAGAGAGAAAAGCCUUAAAGAUAACAACGCUAGCGACAACAGCAGAAAUAAAAGAAACAACAACAAUACCAACAACCACGACGACGACAACUACAGCUACUACAACGACUACUACAACAACUACUACAACGACCACGACUACUACUACAACUACAACUACUACAACAACAACCACGACGAUAACUACUACUACAACGACCACGACUACUACAACUACUACAACAACCACGACAACAAUAACGACUACAACAACAACAACAUUCACAAGCGAACAAUUACUUACUUCUACUACCAGUGAUAACAAUAUGAAAUGGAAACAGAAUGCAUCUACUGUUGCUGGAGGAAACGGACGGGGAAAUGAAUUAAAUCAAUUAGAUCAGCCUCGUGGUAUUUAUGUUGAUGAUGAUGAUCAUAGUAUUUAUAUUGCUGACACCGGGAACCAUCGUAUUGUUAGAUGGGAACUUGGUGCGAGCAGUGGUGAAAUUGUGGUAGGCGAAAAAGGACAAGGAAUAUCAAUAGAUCAAUUGAAUGAACCAAUAGAUGUAAUUCUUGAUAAAGAGAAGAAAUAUAUCAUCAUUUGUGACUAUCGUAACCUGCGAGUGAUACGAUGGUCUCGUCAAAAUAGUCAUGCUCCGCAAGUAUUAAUGCGCCCUGUCUUUUGCUACGGCUUAGCAACGGAUAAUAAUGGAGACAUUUAUACUUCUGACUUUCAAUUGAAUAAAAUCAUACGUUGGCAAGAAGGAGAUAAAUAUGGUACAAUGAGUACAGGUAUAGCAGGUCAAUAUCAAUCGGGAAAUCAUUUCAAUCAAUUUAAUGAACCUCGGUAUAUCUUCGUCGAUGGAUAUAGUUCAAUUUACGUAGCAGAUUAUCGGAAUAAUCGUGUAAUGAAAUGGAUGAAAAAUGCCAGUAAAGGCAUUCUUGUUGCUCCCGGACAGGUUUCUGGCGGAAAUCCCAAUUCAUUGUCUCAACCUAUAGGUGUGAUUGUUGAUUAUAUGGGUAAUAUAUAUGUGACGAAUGAAGGAAGUCAUCGAAUAACGCGUUGGUCGCCAAAUGCAACAGAAGGUAUUACUGUUGUUGGUGAACAAUAUGGGAGCGGACCCACACCAGGCAUGUAUUCUCAAGAUUUAUCAUUUGAUCAACAGAAUAAUCUUUAUGUUGUGGAUACAAACAACGACCGAAUACAACAAUUUAUAGUUGAUGGUAACUGA